AUGAUCAUUUUCAAAGAUAUCCUUACCGAUGACGAGAUCAUCUCCGACUCCUAUGACUUGAAGGAGGUUGAUGGUGUCGUUUACGAGAUUGACUGCAGCAUGAUCACUAUUGGCGCUGUCAGCGUUAAUACUGGUGCAAAUGCCUCGGCCGAAGAAGCUGAUGAGGGUACCGAGGAUGGGGACUCAAAAGUUAACGACAUCGUUUCCUCUUUCCGUCUUAACAAUACUUCUUUCGAUAAGAAAUCCUAUCUCACCCAUCUUAAGGGAUACAUGAAGGCUGUUAAGGAGAAGUUGAAGGAGAACAAAGCUACUGAUGAAGAGAUUACCAAAUUCGAGAAAGGUGCUGCUGCAUACGCCAAGAAGAUUGUUGGCAGUUUCAAGGAGUAUGAUUUCUUCGUUGGUGAAUCUAUGGAUCCUGAUGGAAUGGUCGUACUUAUGAACUACCGUGAGGAUGGUGUUACUCCAUAUGUUACAGUCUGGAAGCAUGGUCUUUUAGGGAUGAAGGUUUAA